AUGGUCCGACCUCGAAGUGAGAAUUCGGACACGGCAAAUAUCAAGGGCAAGGACACCGAGGAAGUUCGUUCGAAAGACGAAAUCAUCGAGGCGUUGCACGAACGGUUAUCUCAGUUGGAAACUGAGAAUGCCUCAUUCGCAGCUCAAGUCAACGCGGCGGCUGAAGAUCGACGACGUAUUGCGGCUCUGGAGACGACCAUCUCACAAAUCGUCAACACCAGGGGACCUAACACUGAUCGCAGUGGAGGGUCUACUAACCCGUUUGCGUCAUUUCGCGCGAAGGGCAAUAACCUGGUGACGCCGACUCCAAUGGGUCCUCGAGGUAACCAAACUCACGACCCGGAGGCCAACGUCCGAGCUAGAACGGCUCCUCCCACGCUCAUCAGACCUCGUCCCCCUCCACUCCAUCACAUUGUCGAGACUGUGCCGGAAGAAGCCGUAGGAGUGUGA